CUGACACUGGCACUGAAGCCUGGCUUGGAUUCCCUCACUCUGUGCGUGUCCAACUAUGCCUGCUGUCUCUCCCUUUCCCUCCCUCCCUCACCUCCGUCUGCUUUUCCCUCCUCCUUUCUCCACAGGCCCCCCUUCCCCCUGCCUGAGUCAGCUGCUGCCAUUCAGAGGCCAUGUGAGCCUGCACACACAUGGCUCGCAGCGCUGCACAGGGCUGUAUUUUUAGCAGACGGUAUCAAAAGCAUAAUUAUGUCUGUUGUUUAAAUGCAGCCUCUUUGUUGGCAGCUCGCAGAGCCUUCAGCUGGCUCCCAGGCUAUGCUACCAACAAGGAGGGCAAGGAGACACAAUGAGAAACCCAAUCCCCAGCUGCUCUGAGACUGCCCGAGCCCAGAGGGGUCCAGGUGGCAGGGGAUAGAAGUCCCCUCUCCAGGAUCUGGGAAUACCUUCCAUUCAGGUGACAAUAUCUAGACUGGGUGUCACAGGGAAAAGUGAGAAGGGGUGACUGGCUGAGGGCAGAUGGGACCCAAGGCUCCCUGGCAGCACCCAUCUCCCUCAACAUGCUCCUAUGGUAGAGAGGCUCGGAGUGAGUGCAGGAAGCCUCAGCUGCUGCAGUGAAAGCCCUGGCUGUUCCCCUUUGGACGGUACGGUGCACCUGGGAGGACAGUCAGCAUCAUAUGCCGGGGAACAAACCAUGGAAAGUGACGUCAAGAACGGGGAGGCAGCGCCGAGCUGGAGGAGACCUCAGGGAGUAGCCCAAGAAACCCAGGUGCUAGAGACGGUGGUCGGAGCCAUACGCAGGAGCGGAAGUGUGGCACUGGGGAUCCCUUCCAAGAGCUGUCGGGAUGGGGUGGACCUGAGCUGCGGGCCUGGGCCUGACUCAGCGCUGGGCCCUGGGGAGAAGGCCUCUUUGUGGAAGCAUGCUGAGAGGGCGAAGGAGUUCUCUCCGUGUCUGAGAUGGGGCCGAGAGACCCUCGGGGGGCUGGAGACAGCACCGGACUCUCCGUACCAUCCUGCCAUUGAAGCAGAUUUCUCUAAGCACAUGGAGGCCAGGCACCAGCUUCUCAGGAGGAUGCAACUGAAGGAGACACCUGAGUUCCAGCUCCACUCCGAGCCCAAGAAUGGGGAGGUAAAUAUCAGCUGGGCGGAGCAGAAUAAAGACAGGCCUGGCCCUAUGUGGACAGAGGCCAUGCUGGCCAGCCAGCUGGCUCUGUACAGCCACGCUUACCACAAUUACCCCCUGCCGUUAUCUGGGCUGGAAAACCAAAGACCAGCUGCCACUGGCAAACUGUACUGGCUAUCUGAGCAAGACUCCCUCCACUCCGCCAGUCCCUCUGGGGACAGCGUGGGCGAUCCCCCUUCCUUCCACCGCCUGAACACCCACUGCCGCUUCCUGAUGGAGGCCAAGCUGGCAGAGAGGAACCCCUUCUUGGCUUCCUCCAUCAGAUCAGCAAGCACUCCAGCUGAGUCUGCCUAUGGCAAUAGCUUGGCCAGCCUAGCCCUGGGUGGCCAGCCCCAGGACUCCCCCUCUGUCUUGGAAGAGGCCAAGUACACUGACCCAGAUUGGCAUCAGGUACCUUACCCGCACACAUGGAUCCAGCCGGUGUACCUGGCACCCCAUCCAAGAACAAAGACCCCGUCUGCUUUUGAAACCUGCCCUAGCUCAGGUAGCAAGGAGUUUUACCAGAAGAAGGAUCCUGGCUUUCCCCACACAGGAAAGGACCUGGCCCCUGUGCCCGACUGGGUGCAGCCUUGCCAGUACGAGGCGGGGAAGGUGAAGCGAGAUGGAAAGAGCGAGAUGGAGGUGACCUAUGUGGAGCCCACGUGGAAGGGAGCUGAGCAGAGGGGGUGCAUGACACUGGCCCCUCCCAGUGACCAAACCCUUCCUAACAACCAUGGCCAAAUAGAUCAGCCACUGUUCUACCUACAGCACAAGCAGGCAGAGAGUUUGUGGUCCAGCCGGCUCCUGAUUCUGGAUUAUCCUCUCAGCAAAGCACCGGCCAGGCCCUCUGAGUCCAAAGACGAAAGCCUCAUGUACCAAAGCCUGAAGCCUGGCUCCCCUGUGGUGCUGCAGGAAUCCUCUUCGCUCAUGGACAGAGCCCAACCUCCUGCCCUUUCCAAAGUAGAGCUCCGAUCUGGGAUGGAGGUACUUCCAGCUCAUUCUCUCUCCUGCAAAUGUUCUCCUUGGGACUGUCCCCUGAGAUGCUGCAAGAGGUGCCAGGGGGCAAGCUGCAACGCUGUCAACUCCUUUGGCACCAGAAAUGAGAUGCCUGGGCCAUACCGAGACGUAGAUGGAGCCUUGGGAGGACAUGGCAUCCAGCGGGGCAAGGUUUCCUCCCUGCUGCCCUGCCCUCCCACCAAUCACCACACCAAGCUGAAGAAGACCUGGCUGACCAGGCACUCGGAGCAGUUCAGAUGCCCUGCUAGCUGCCUCGGGGACAAAGGGGCUCCUGGUCAGAUCAAAGAGGGUUUACCUCUAAGGUUCAAAGCUUUAAAGAGGGAAGGCCAGGAGAGUGCCGAAGAAGCAGACCGAUCUGGCAAACGGACAGCUAAGCGGCCUCACAGCCAUGUCUCUGGGGAGGAUCUCUGGAGCCCAUGCGUGGGCAGGGGUAGCUACUUAGCAAAGCAGAGCUCAAAGGUAGCAGAGGAGGAGACGCUGAAUCCCACAAGGAAGGAUUGUGAGGCCCCAGAGCAGAGGGAGGUGCUCCCAGCAAUGGGAAAGAAAGCAGAUGCAGGAGAGGGAGGGCUUCUGAGUUGCAACGGAGAGGAUGCUGGAGAGCAGAAGGAGAAGCGAUACCUACAGAGUGUUCCAUGUGUGGCCCUCCCUGACUGCAUUGAGAGGUGUUGUGCUUGUGCCUCCAAGGAUGGGACGGGCGCAGUGCUCCGAGAGGAGGAGGAAGAACCUGUGGAAACCUUCUGUAGGCUCCUGCAUUUCCGAAGGCUGGCGUUCUGUGAUAGUGGAGAGCUGAGCGUGGAUGGAUUUUCCACGCUGGAUGAAGCUGAGGGCGAGAGCUUAUGCCUGAGGAUCUCCAGCAGAGAGAGAAGGGCCCAGGACAUCAGCACCAGCCUCAGCCUCGCCAAGUAUCUCCUCUCCGUCCUGGGGGACCAGUUCUGUGAGGCCAUCAGGAGAGACAGAGAGGCUUGGCUGUGGGCGCAAGGGGAAAAUGAAAGGGUGACCGCCUGGCGGCGAGGGAAAGGCACUCUGCAGGCCUGCGAUGCCUGCCAGCACGGCCUCUUCAACACUCACUGGAGCUGCUCCAGCUGUGGGUUCCAGCUGUGCUUGGAGUGCUACCGGACCAAGAGAAAGCGAGCCAGCCCAGCCCGGGCAGAGGAGUCUGUGCAGUCAGCCAAGUGUGUCCAAGGGCAGGGCCAUGACAUUCUGUCCCUCAUCCCUGCGCAGUUCAUCCCCACCCACGUUCUGUCUGAGCUCUGGAAGCUGAUGCACGAAGUGCAGGUGAAGUUUGACAUUGAGUCGCACUGCCCCUGCAGACUGAGCAUCCUGAGCAAGAGCCUCACCGGCAACAUGGGGGGCGAGCAGAAGGAGGAGAUGGGGAACAUGACCCCUUCGCUACAACCUGCCGGCAACGGAGAGACAGAUGGCUCGAGGGUAAUUAAGGAAGAAAGCCCAGACUCCAUCCACCCGCUGAGCAAGCAAGGCCCCAUGGGCACAGUGCAGACAUCCACCCUCUGUGAGCUCCUGACCUCUACGGCCAUCAAGCUGUGCCUGGGGCAGAACGGCGUCCGCAUGGCAUUCGCGCCUGUCUCCUCGGCCUUACCCAGCGACAACCGGAUCACCAACAUCCUGGACAGCAUCAUCGCCCAGGUGGUGGAGAGGAAGAUCCAGGAGAAGCACUCAGAGUGUGAGCUGCGGAGCCCCAGCCCCCCCGAGCCGCAGGUCUCCCACUGCAUCCUGGCCCCGGGGGGACUUCUGUGGCUUCACGAUCCAAACCACUCCUGCAACUACAAGCUCUUCCAGGAGCACUGGAGGCAGGGCCAGGCACGCUCCAGCCCGGUAACCUCCGCCUCCCCUGUGCCCCCCCCGCAGCCUGUCUUGGUUUCAGGGCUGCAGAAGACACUGAAGAGAAACCUGUGGGAGCCUGAGUCAUUCUGCCACGAACAGUGGGAUCAGGAGGUGCAGGUGGUGAACCUGCGAAGCCAGCCGGGCUGGACAAGGAUCAGCAGCAAGGACUUCUGGAAUGGCUUUGCCUCCAGUGCCAAAUGGCUGGAGACAGAGAACAGUGAGGGGAACCUGCUCAAGCUGGAGAGUGGCUUUGGGGACAUGCCAAUGUGCAGGGCUGAAAACCUCUAUGCCAGUUUGCCACUGCUGGAGUACUGCGGGCAUGAUGGAAAGAUGAACUUAGCCUCGUACCUGCCGGGUAGCCAAGGCAGGCAGUGGCUGAAUCCCCAGAUCUGUGCUUCCUAUGGUGUGGCCCCUGAGGACAGGACCAUUGGGACCAAAAACCUGACAGUGGAGGCGACAGAUUCCAUCAGCGUCUUGGUGUACGUUGGGGCAUACCCGCUGGACAGGCACAGUGCCCAGAAAGAGAUUCUCCGGAGGGUGGAAGACGAUGGAGUUGAUGAUGUCCUUAAGGAGCGGCUCUUGAACACGAGGAACUGGGCAGGAGCCCUGUGGCACAUCUUCCGAGUGGAGGAUGCUGACUGCAUCGAGGGGUUCUUACAGAAGGUGUGCAAAGCCCAAGGACACGACAGGGAGGCCCAGCUGGAUCUGAAUGGCCACAGGAGCUGCUACUUGGAUGCGUCUCUGCGGAGGAGGCUGCGGGAGGAAUGUGGCGUGAGCGGCUGGACCCUGCUCCAGUUCCUGGGGGAUGCAGUGCUGGUGCCAACAGGGGCUCCAUACCAGGUGCAGAGCCUUAGCAGUACCAUCAGCAUCACAAAGAGAUUCCUCUCGCCAGAGAACGCUGCCCGAUCGGCCCGGCUCACAGCCCAGACCACAGACCCUGCCGGCACGGUACAGAGACUUCGUGCACAGAUGGACAGUAUGGUGUAUGGUGCUGUGAGGGAGGCAGUGGGGACCCUGCAGGGCUACAUUUAAGGCACUGGCAGGCAUGCAGCAUGGAGACAGGGAGCUGGCUUCAGACCGGGGCCUCUAGGAGUCCAGGAAGCAGAAUUGAAACAAAGGGGGCAGCAGCGCAGGAUUCCUGGGGAGCCCCACAUCCGCCUGUCU